GAGUAAUGAAAGGAGAGGUUUCUUCUACUUAUAGUUCCGAAAUUUGUGCCAUUUGUUGGGAUUUUCCUGCACAAGUAGAGCUUAAACCAUGUUGCCAUAAAGUCAUAUGUAGAAAAUGUAUAUGCCUUUUGGAUGACAAAAAAUGCCCAAUAUGUAGAGUAGAAAUCUUAGAAGUUCAUAUUCGACUUCAUGAUAGUGCUCUUAGCACAGAGUGGUUUGACGAGAAACUCAACAGUAUGUACAAACACGAUUGCAAUUCUAUGUAUGCAGAAGAUCUAAAGGAGCCUGAAAACCUCCAACUGCUUUCUUCUGAUGAUGCUCAGAUAACUUUUCAAAAACGAAGUGACUCACUAUACUCAACAGAGGCUUGCAUUUUCUCAUUGGAUUCUAUAAUAAAGAGCAGAAGAGCAAAUGAAGAGCUAGUCAAACGGCAAGUAUACCAAAUAGUCUUGACGGGCUCCGAAGGUUUGGAUACGCAGUCUCUGGUUUCUGAACUAAAGAAGCUCUUUCCAAUCAAGCAUAAUUUGAAGAUGCUUCAACAUUCAUCUUCAAGUUUGUACGAUAACUUGCAGGCAAACGUUAAUAAAGGGAACAUCUACGCAUUACAAGGCAAAGGUUCUUUUACGGAAAUGAAGUUCGAAUAUUUAGUGGACACUCGGCAGUCUUUAGAAUUCUAUCUUCCAAACAUGCAAGUUGGUUCGUUUCCUGUAAACCUUCGGCAAUUAUCCAUAUGGGAACUUCUUUGUGUUCUUCGUUCCAAAACGGGAGGUGGUUUCGAUAUCAUGGUGUUAUGCUGUAACGCAAUGCAUCAAAGGUCAUUUGAAGAAUUGCUGAGUUUGGAUGAGCUACUCCGGAAUCGUUAUGCUCCAGGAAAAGGAAGGAUAUGGGUAGUAUUGAAUCCUCAGGAAAUGCAGGAUUCUAAUGGCAAAAAUUCAUUAUCCUUUGACGCAAUAGAAAAAGCAUUUUAUCUUAUUCCUAUGAAUCAGCGGCCAGUUGAUUUGCUCUUCAUGCAAACAAAAUCCUUGUGCAACUUUUGGCACAAAGAACUGAUGCAUAGAAUUUUGAUUCAUGCGAAAAGCUAUCGAAAACUAACACCACUAGAAUCAAAAGCCAACGUUGAGAAACAUAAAGCUUGUUGUUACAUGUAAUUCUUGAGACGCGAUACCUUUUGCUGUGAAUUGAUAUAUAAAGGGUUAUUUGGUUUU